GGGAGGGAGGCUGCAGUCCACAGAGAGACCCCAGCAGGUCAGGCUCAAGCAGCCUCACAGCUAAACCAUGCAUUGGCAGAAAUCAACGAAGGAGAAAUCACAUCAACCGAGCGUUCUGCCGACGGUGAGGGAACUACUCGAGGAGAAACGGAGGUCUGCGGCAAAUCCAAAGACAGAGGCAACACCUAUACCGACGUCAGGACCACCGGGGGACUCGAGCUUCUGCCCUCCUGGUCUAGAGGGUGCGUCUCCUUUUCCCUGUGAGACUCCAUCCUGGCACGUGGGGGUGUCAGAGCCCAUCAUAUCCCCCGGUUCCUGUCACUAUGGCUCACCCAGCGAGUUCUCCACCAGCAAUGCCAUCCACCCAUUCAACACUACCGCGAUGUACCCGGGCUGCGGGUACCCUGACCUCCUUGGCCAGAGUGCCAGCCUUUACCCGGACCACAGCCCUGACCUGAUGGGGGCGCCGCCCAACCCGGAUCCCAGAAUGUUCGAGAGCCCUCCCCCAGCCUUCCCUCAUUGGUCACUGUCAGCAGCCAAUGCCCAUCCAGACCUUCCAUCCAUCCCAUACUACCCUCCCAGCUCAACCCCACAGCCCCUGGCAACCCCACAGCCCCUAGCAACUCCACAGCCCCUAGCAACCCCACAGCCCCUGGCAACCCCACAGCCCCUGGCAACCCCACAGCCAAUCACAGCCUCAAUGUUGGACCAAGCUCGAAGAACCAUCCGGAACAUGGAGGUGACCAACCUCCUGCAUCGAGAUGAUGACGGAGAUAC